AUAACUGACAAACUCCUCGGUAGUGCAAAAAUGUUUUCAUUUUCAGUUUGCAGUUUUUCAUGUGCCGCUUCUUGAGUAGGCGUUUGGGCAAAGUCUGUCUGCAUAAAAAGGCACAGAUUCCACAAUCAGAUCAUCUGACAGAGCUGGAACGCCUGCCUGCAGAGCUUCUCCUACUCCAACAGACGAAUUCCAUUCUUGGAUUUCCUGUCAUUCCGUUGCCAGGUUUUGUGCCUAUUUUCCCACACCGGUUCUUCCAGCGAUUCAACUGUCAACAUGUCCUUGAUCAGCAGUGAUUCUGAACUGGUCUCCAUGAGCCGUGUCUUAAAUGACUUCCCUUCCAUAAAGUUGAAAGGGGAGCAAGAGCGCCAAAACCAUGAAAUGCUGGUAAAUCUGAAUGACCGACUUUUUGACUGUAUGAGCAAGACCUCUACAACAACAGUGGAAUUCAAGUAUGAGAAAAAUGUUACAGAGAAAAUAGUCGAGCUCACUAGGAGCUCCAGCUUACAUAUCGAAAUGGAGAGCUCUAUGGUUAAAAGUUUGGAGCAGCAGAUCAGCGAACUGAAGAGAAGGCUGGAGAUUGAGACUAAGGCAAAAAAAGCCGCUGAAAUCAAAAUAGACAAACUGCUAAUGGAACACUUCGAGGAAAUCAAGACCCUGAGUGUAAACAGUGUAGUCCUAAACGAGAUUAUGUCUCACAUAAAAACCAAAAAGGAAUUCUUUGAGGGGAUAAUAGUCCAUAAGCCCGAGGCUGAAAAAGAAUCUAUAAAUCGGAUAAAAGCAAUGAUACAGAGAAUGCGGGAGAGUUAUAAAGAGGAUGAAACGGACGGACUAGGAUGGAUGUACCAACAGUGGACUGGUUUUAUUGGAGCCACUGAGAGGAAGACGGCCGAGUCUCUGGAGAUUGAACAACUCAAGGCCAAGAUACAAGAAAUGACAAUCUUCCAACAGAAGCAGAAGGAUGAAUUUAAGAAAACAACUGACUCGCUUAAUGAAACAUUCAGAAAAACCAUAAUAUACUUCAACUGUCAGACAAAAAGGAUGCAGACAGAAAUCAAAGUCUACAAAGAACUGCUAGAGAUUAUGGAGAAAAGACUCCUGCAGUGUGGGGGAAGCGUACCCAUAUGUGGUUUGCCAGUUGAUUUUGGUGAAUCUUCUUGCGUAAGGACUGAUGUUGGUAGGACCGAGACUGUGACUGUGGUGUAUGAAGAGAAGAAGGGUGAAGUCGAAUGUGGAGAAAAGAGCGACGCACCUAAUGGAGAUGGGAAGAGGAAAACUACAACUCCCACUAAACCUCCACCAGGUGAAUCUCCCCAGCAGCCAAAGAUUAAGAAGAAUAAGAAAUGAGUGACGUCUCGGAGGAGUUUAGAGACCAUAUCUACCAAGAGAAAGUUGCUGAAACUUAAAAACACAUCUUCACUAUAACCUGAACUGAUCCUGAUAGAUUUAUUUUCUUGUUAUUUGGUGUUCAUUUCUUUACCUUUGCUUUCUGCUGCUUUUAGCUGAGUGUGUCCAAUAUGCAUAUAAUCAAAAAAACUGAUUUAAAUUACUUGUUUUAUAAAUCACUUUUGGGAAAGAUUCUUUUUUUAUUCUCCUCAGACUGUUGGGAUAUAAAUGCUUUAUCUAUUACCUUAUUAAAACCAAACUGUCAGCAUUUAAA